AUGCUGUCGCGAUCGGUAUGGAGGAAUCUGGGCUAUAAUGCCCGUCGGAGAGCGACCAUUCCCGAGGUCCCCUACCGCUGCUUUUCCUGUUCGCAGCGAGCUCAAGCGGACUCCAACAAGGCCAACCAAGAUGAACGAAUGACCCAUUUUGGCUUUAGCAACGUUCCUGAAUCGCAGAAGGAGUCUAUGGUUGGAGCGGUCUUCAGCUCAGUUGCUUCUUCCUACGAUGCUAUGAACGAUUUCAUGUCACUCGGAAUCCACCGCCUGUGGAAAGAUCAUUUUGUUCGCUCCCUGAACCCUGGCUCGGCGCUACCAUCUCGCAACACCGACACAACAGGAAAAGGCUGGAAUAUCCUGGAUAUCGCGGGCGGGACCGGCGAUAUCGCGUUUCGCAUGCUGGACCACGCGACUAACAUUAACCACGACCAUGAGACCCGUGUCACAAUUGCUGAUAUCAAUCCGGAUAUGCUUGCGGAGGGCAAAAAGCGGAGCAUCCAGACCCCUUACUACAAUACGAACCGUCUAUCUUUUAUGCAGGGAAAUGCCCAGCACAUGCCCAGCAUUCCAGAUAACUCAGUCGACCUCUACACGGUUGUCUUCGGCAUCCGCAACUUCACGGACAAGCAGGCCGCUCUAAACGAAGCAUUCCGGGUGUUGAAGCCCGGUGGUGUGUUCGCUUGUAUGGAGUUCAGCAAGGUAGAGAACAGCGUAUUCAAUGCGGUCUACAAGCAGUGGAGUUUCAGUGCCAUCCCGAUGAUCGGCCAACUGGUGGCGGGAGAUCGGGACAGCUACCAGUAUCUAGUGGAGAGUAUUGAGAAAUUCCCCAGCCAGGAAGAAUUCCGGGGUAUGAUUCAGAAGGCUGGUUUCAUGAUCCCUGGCCGGGGAUUCGAGAAUCUCACUGGGGGGAUUGCGGCUAUUCACAAGGCGAAGUCAAAACUUCAUGCCGAGACCAAUUCUCCUCCACUUCCCUUACUAUUCCUUCCCCCCCCCCCCGCGCGCCAUCGAAAAUUUUCUAAAUUCCUUUGCUUCCCCGGGAUUUCGUCCGGGACCUCUUUUCCCAGGCCCCUCCCGGGAGAAGACGAUCUCUCCUUCUUAGUUCCCAAGGAGAAUGGUUUCUGUGCCAUGGGGCACCUUCAGCAGCAAUCGCCGAUGAUCCCGCUAUCGUCCCCCGCGGACCCCUCCGUGCCCACCAUGAUAAAGAAAGACCGCCUCGCUCGCGACGAGCUUUCGCUUCUAUCCUUGACUCCUCCAGACGUGAUUGAUCCUGUAUUAUCAACUGCAAAGGAUGGCCCUGCCGAUGCGUCGGUAUCCACCGCCAUUCAUGUCAUUUCUACUGAGCGCGCCGCCCUAGCGCACUUGGAACGUCUUUACGAAACAAAUGCGUUGGCGCAAGAGAGUCUUGCACGGGCUGUAAGCCAGAUUACCCGCAGUGUGCGGGGUGGAGGAAAAUUGGUAUGCUGUGGUGUAGGAAAGAGUGGGAAGAUUGCCCAAAAGCUCGAGGCGACAAUGAAUAGCCUGGGUAUCUACAGCGCAUUCUUACAUCCAACGGAAGCGUUGCAUGGAGACCUGGGCAUGAUUAGACCGCAAGAUACCCUGUUGUUGAUUUCGUUCUCGGGGCGCACCCCUGAGCUCUUGCUCCUGCUCCCUCAUAUCCCCGCAACUGUCCCAAUAAUCGCUAUAACUUCUCACCUUCACCCGUCCACAUGCCCCUUAUUGUCGUUUCAACCGUCCGACAUGGGCAUCCUCCUACCAGCACCCAUUCACGAGGACGAGGAGCUAUCCAUCGGCGUAUCUGCCCCAACGUCGUCUACGACGGUAGCCCUGUCGCUGGGAGAUGCCUUGGCUAUCGCCACCGCCAGACGACUACACACAUCUUCAGGAAGAGGCCCGGCAGAGAUCUUUAAAAGUUUCCACCCCGGCGGCGCCAUUGGCGCCGCAUCAAAUGUCCUCACACCAAUGAGCAUGUCGACCGCAUCAUUCCCCUCCACUACUUCAGACGACCUCUCCAGUCAACAGCAAUCCGUCGCCUCGCUCCCCCAGUUAGAGGAGACCCCGCGUAUCAUCGACAAGCUCGUCCCCAUCAACCAAAUCCCAACAGUAUCUACCUCAACGGGCACCAUCCGUCUUCUAGAUAUCCUGCUUACAGCCAUCCAACACCCCACCGCCAAGUCCUGGGUCCAUCUGUCCCCUUCCGAAAUAAUUCCACCCCGACAUCUCCGGUCCCUCUCACAAACAAACUAUGUAGACAUGGAUACAUCCGCGCUAGCCACUCUCGGGCUCCCGUUUUCCGUGUCCCGGGAUGAUUGGCUACGGCUCCCCAGCUCGACGUCCAUCAACGAUGCACGUCGGUUAGUUUCGGAAUCUACCGCUACUGCGGGGUCCGUAAUAGCCGUCAUGCAGGACGAGAAUCCCGAUGCUUGUUUGGGCUUCUUUGAAGCGGAAGAUCUGUGGGAUGGUUGUGACUAA